UUGAAGCUAUGUUUUGCAGCGCAGCAACGGCCGAGGGUGGAUCCGCAAGAAAACACGGUAGCCGAAGGAGAACCAGCGCGUUUCCGUUGCUGGGUGCCUGGUGAUCCAACUGCUCGCUUAACUUGGAAGAUGAAGGGCAAUGGUCCAUUGCCGCACGGCGCACAGCAACAUGAAGGAAUUUUGAAUUUCGCGAGCGCUGGGCGGCAGCAUGCUGGUAGUUACAUUUGUACUGCCAGCGAUCCGGAAGGGCGCAAACCACCAGUCGAUAGCCCGGUGGCGCGGCUGAUUGUAAGGCCAUCGAACAAUCCGGUAGUUGAUCCGCCAGAACAGACGGUGAAGGAGAACGAUCCAGCACGGUUCCGGUGUUGGGUGCCCGGUAAUCCAACCGCUGUGCUUCGUUGGAGACGAGUUGACGGCGGUCCACUCGGAUUUGGUGUUAGUGAUAAUCAAGGAAUUCUGUCGAUAUCCCAUGCACAAAUGUCGGAUGCUGGCGAAUAUGUCUGUGCAGCGCAGGACCCAGAUGGUGGAGCUCCAGCGGAUUCAUCUCCUGCUCGUCUUAUCGUUGAAAGACCAAUGUGCCUGCACAUUUUGUUCGAAAAAUUUUCAAUCUGUGCACUUGUGCACUUCCUGUUUUUGCGCAAUUUCCUACAGCGGUGCAAUAUGUUUGAAGCGCGUCAACCAGCUCUGCCACGACAGGAGCAUCCUCGAAUACCACAGGUUGAUCCACUGGAACAAACAGUGAACGAAGGUGAUCGGGCCCAAUUUCACUGCUGGAUGCCUGGUGAUCCAAAUGUUCGUCUGAAAUGGUCCAAAGCAGAUGGCACUUCGUUACCUCAUGGAGCUUCGGAUAACGGAGCUGGUAUGCUGUACAUCCCAAGAGCUCAGAUACGACAUGCAGAUUUAUAUGUUUGUUCGGCGAUUGAUCCGCGAGGAGGUGAUCCAAUUGAGUCAGUCCCGGUGGAGCUUAAAGUCGAGCCAACUGGUCGAAAACAGCAAAUUGGAAGACCAGAAGCCGCGUUGGGAUCACCGCAGGUGGAUCCGAUGCAUCAGACAGUUGAAGAAGGCGACCCGGCGCAAAUUCGUUGUUUCGUCCCAGGCCAUCCUCAUGCAACAUUAUCCUGGAGAAAGCAGGAUGGACAUCUACCGGAAGAGGCAACCCAGCAAAAUGGCGUUCUUUACAUUCCACAGACAGAACGCGAAGAUGCAGGAAAUUACAUUUGUUCCAUGGACGAUCCUGCUGGUGGUCCACCAGUUGACUCGACCCCGGCACGAAUUGAUGUUAAACAGCGUAUGCUUUAUCAGAUUUUUUCUUUUUUGCCAGUUCAGUGGCUUUUGCACUGGUGCAAAUGUCUUUUUCAUUUUUUAGCACAAGUACCACAAGUGGACCCAGUAGUGCAGACUGUGGAUGAAGGAGCGCCAUCACGCAUUCGCUGCUGGGUUGAAGAUAAUCCGAACGCUGAGUUGAGCUGGAGUAAAGAGAGUGGCGAACUACCACAUGGAGCGGUUGAUUCACGUGGAAUAUUGUCGAUACCUGAGACAGCGAUGGAAGAUGCAGGAGAAUAUAUAUGUACAAUGCAUGACCCCCAUGGUGGUUCCCCAGUGCAUGCACCUCCUGCUACAAUCAACGUACGACAAGGUUUGCUUCUAUUUAGCACACCACUGUGCAUUUUUUGCAUAUCUGGUUACGUGGCCUUUACUUGCGCAAUGGGAACCGUGGGGCUUCACUGGAGCUUCAAGAAACGCGGCGGAGCUUUGCCGAACGGAGCUUAUGAAUAUUUGGGCAUGCUGGUUAUUGAAAAAGCAAGACUUUCCGACGCUGGAACGUACAUCUGCACAAGCAACAAGACUGAUGAACUGAAGAGUGCUCCUCCAGCAGUAUUAACUGUGAUUGCAAAAGACGGAAAUCAGGAAGUGAUAGAAGGCGUUCAUGGUGAGCAAGACAGGGAGCACGCCACUGUUGAUUAUGGGCAUGGAAUUAAUGAGGAAGAAAAGGGUGCCAAUCAAGAAUACGAGCAUGGUAAUAACGAAUACAAUAACCAAGAAUAUGGUGAAAAUCAUGAAUAUGAGCAUGGGAAUAACGUUGAAGACGAGCAUAAAGAGAAUCGUCACGAGCACGGUAAAUGUUGCUGUUUUCAGUUUCCUUAA